AUAAACGCUUCAUUUUGUUUCAGAAUUCAAUCCGACACAAUCUUUCCCUCCACAACCGAUUUAUGCGGGUGCAGAAUGAGGGUACCGGAAAAUCGUCCUGGUGGAUGAUCAAUCCUGACGCGAAACCCGGCAAGUCGGUGAGACGAAGAGCGGCCUCGAUGGAAACGAGCAAGUUCGAGAAACGAAGAGGACGUGUCAAGAAGAAAGUGGAGGCGUUACGGAACGGCCUAACCGAUCAGACCACGAGCCCAAGCUCGUCGGUGUCCGAAGGAUUGGAUUUAUUUCCCGAUUCGCCGCUUCCAAGUAGCGGGGGUUUCCAACUAAGUCCAGAUUUUCGCCCUCGCGCUUCCUCAAAUACGUCCUCAUGUGGACGUUUAUCGCCUAUUCCUGCCGUUGUUGGAUUGGAACCCGACUGGAGCUCACCGUCACCUUUCACAAAUCCAAAUUACAGUCCAGAAAUGGCCGGUAAUUACUCACCUGAUCAACUAGCCGGAAAUUUAGAACAAGGCAUGAAACUACAAACCGAUGCCUAUUUGGGGUACCUCAAUGGUCAGACGACUCAGCCUCCCCCUCCACCUUACACAAAUCCAUAUGAGACUUUUUCACGUAGAGAGAUUAACCACAAUCCGUACGGUGCUUUAAUUCAGUGCCCCAUUCACCGUUUGCAGGCGUGUAGCUGUAUACCUGUGCAGUGCAAAGUGGAGCGAAUGUCGCCUCCGGAAAUGUCGCCGAAUUAUCCUCAAUCGGAACCAUCCCCAGAUCCCCUUAGCACUCAUCAGUACCUUUUAGGCAAUAGAACGUUACCUAGACCACCUUCAAGCAGUCCGCCCUUAACGCCACAGUCAACGCAAAGCACUCCUUCGACGAUGAUGGGACAGUUAAUGGGUGCGCUAAAUAAUAGUGCGCUACUCGACGACUUAAAUAUAAACAUCGAAUCGUUUCAAGGUGGAUUCGAUUGCAACGUAGACGAAGUAAUAAAACACGAACUCAGUAUGGAAGGAAGUCUAGAUUUUAAUUUUACGGGAUCGCAUCAUCCCAGUAUGGUAGUAUCUCAACCCGACGUUCGGCCGGUAGUCGGUCCCAACAAUCAAACUUCCGCACCUCCGUCGUACUCGACGACACCCUCGUGGGUCCACUAACGAAAUACGUUAAGAUGGAGCGCCGAUAUUGUUGGUGAGCUUUUAGCGCAACGAUUAGUCGAUAGAGUAAUUAUGUUCUUUGUGCAACCAUCUUAUUUGAUGUGCAACAAUUGACAUUGUAACUAUGUAAUAACAUGAUCUCGUGUUAUGCUCAUUAAUGAUUAAUUGUUUGUACAGAAAUGCUUUUAUGUCCUAAUAUUUAAAAAAAGUGGUUAGUAAUUUUUUUACAAUAGCUGCUAUCAGUGCCAUCCUUAAGUUUAAAUGUUACGUUGCUCACAGAUGUCAAUUUAUUAAAAAAGAAAAACUCCAAGACAAAUGAAAUUUGGUCAUUUUUUAAAUUGGCAGCUAAGUCAGAGGGGAAUCCCAAAGUUGAUAGGAAAAUUUUUAGGACAUUUUUUAAAUUUGUAAUUAUAUUACGUAAGGCCAGGUUUAUAUAGUGUAAUAUAAGAGUUAAUAUAAUUUGAACGCAACACUGUUAAAGUGUUGAUACUGUAUAUAUUGUCUAGAAUGUAGUUGCUUAGUGUACCUUUGUUGAUUUAUUGUAUUUUUAAUUUUUAUAUCCAUAAUCACUGCUGUCUUGUCAUGUUGGUACUGGUCAUUUAAAUUUUUACAUUAACAAUUACUUUCUUUAUUAUAUUAGUAUACUUUUUUGUACUAUAAUAGGUAAUUUGUUAGCAUUUUAGAAGUUUAAAUGAAAAUUGACUCCAUUGUUAUUAUAUUUUUAUUCCGGAUAAAAAACACGCCUAGCUGUUAAGUGGAUUCAAGAUUCAAUAGCGCACGCAAGAAAAGAUACAAAAAAUGCCAUAUGCACAAAAUUUGCUAGAAAAUUGCGCCGAAUACUUCUUCAUUUUGUUAUCAGUGUGUCUCUAGAAAAACAUGUUCUUGUACUUAUCAGAUUAGCACAUUAUUACAGAGUGUAGGUACUUUGCAGUGAUAGCUGUUUUUUCAUCAGGUGCCUCCAGUUCUAUUUUAUUUUUGCGUUAUGAUUAUAAAGAUAAUAUUAAGAAAUGAAAAAUAUAUAAUUUCAAAUACUGCUGUUUCACAAAAUAAAUGAAGAAAAACAUGUGUU